AGGCUCGCCAUCCGGCGCCUCCUCGCCACCGGCGUCCUCAAGCAGACCAAAGGUGUCGGUGCCUCCGGCUCUUUCCGCCUGGCCAAGGGCAACAAGUCUAAGAGAUCCCCAUCUAGGAAGAGGAAGAAGGCGGCCAGGAAAUCCACGUCGCCCCGGAAAGCGGCUCGGCGCAGGAGAAGCAAGUCUCCAGCAAAGAAGCCCAAAUCUGCCGCCAGAAGAGCCAGGAAGAAGUCGAGGGCCAGCCCGAAGAAAGCCAAGAGGCCAAAGACUGUUAGAGCCAAGUCACUGAAGGCAUCCAGGCCCAAGAAGGCAAAGCGGUCGAAACCCAAGGCCAAGUCCAGCGCCCGGAAAUCACCCAAGAAGAAAUAA